AUGUACUGGGCGAGCGACAUUUGUUUCAUUUGUACUUUAAAAACUCGAGAAAUCUACGUAAUGAUGGUUAUUUAUUUUUAUGUAUUUUUUAAUAUGUUUCUUGCCCUUGAAAAAACGUUCUGUGAAGCUACAGUGCACGAGGGGUUAACAAAGGUGUUGCUCGGUGGUUAUACAAAUGUAAGGACAGUUCAACUUCUGAAUCAACUCUGCAAUGAUUCACAGGACGAAGACGACGUGGUAGCCCGUGACGCAUGUUAUGGGUGUUUCUUUCGAGCAAGUAAUAGACCCUCAGGAUAUCCAAUGCUAUUAUCAAUGUCAGCCUGUGCUGAUUUGUAUCUUGAUGACUCGAAUUACGGUCACUGUAGUGCCUACCUGAAGAACGCUACAAGCAAUGCGGAGACACGUGCCACCCCCACGACAAUCUAUUGCACGUUUCUGGAGUGCAUACGACAAGUGAACAAGGAUAGUCUGAUUCGCCAGUGCGUAAGGGAAGCCCUGCAUAUAAUCCCUGACUUCUCAGUAGAGGAUACACAUCUGGCUCAACUAUUCGUCAACACAACAGCCUGCAUCCUGGCGAAAACCCGAUGUGCAGCCCUGAAUCCGAUUACCGGAUCAACCCAGGAACAUCUCAACUUUUCCAAACUCCCGAUCCCAUCGAUAAACGCUAUUUUAAUCAACUCUAACUAUGACAUGAACAUCGUACAACUGCCAUUCAUCCAGGGAGCCAUUGACGAUUGUGCUAAGUACAGAAACAUUCAACAAGCCUCGUGGCCUAGCGUCCGGUGUUGAAAUGGUUCGAACCCCUGAGGGAA